AUGCAGGAAACUCCACUUGGCAAGGACAACCUGCCUUCCAAAGCCCAGGUGUAUCUCAUUGCAACCCACGGUCUCCUCACCGGCGACGCAGCUCAGAAAAUCGAGAACAGUCUGCUGGACGAAGUUGUCGUCACCAACACAGUGCCUCACGAGCUCCAGAAGAUGCAGUGUCACAAAAUCCGCACCGUCGACAUCUCGCUUCUGCUGUCUGAGGCUAUUCGUCGAAUCCACAACGGCGAGUCGAUGUCCUACCUCUUCAUGAAUGUCUCGAAAAACGACUAA